AUGCCCCGCCCGCGCUCCCUCUCGCCACGAGCAGCCCGCACCUCGCCUCUGGCCCCACCCUCAGUCCAGCUCACCUACUUCGUCGGCCGCGGCGAGCAAGGCGUCCUCUCGUUCGAGCCCUACAAGUCGUUCCUCCUCCCGCUGUGGCGCUUCAAGGACCCCGCCGUCGCCCGCCCGAGCUGCGACCGUCUCGAGCGCGAGUUCAACGCUUUCGUCGACGAGGGCGACUUUGUCGGCGCCGACAUGGCCCGCAAGUUCCUCCAGGGCAUGACCCGCGCGCAGCGCUACGCCAACCACGCCGGCGGCCUCAAGUACUCUCGCACGACGGGCGCCCCGCUCCCUCGCGCGUCGUCCCCCUCGUCUGGCAACCCGGGCGCGGCCGACAAGCUCGCGAGCGCCGCCAUCUUUCGCGCGGCGUGCGAGCGCGCAAAGGCCUGUACGCGGUACGCACAGCUGAGGGCCGAGUGGGAGGAGAGGAAGAGGGGGUGGGAGAGGGACAACCCGCGCGAGGUGGAGCGGCUGAGGAGGGAGAGGGACGAGAGCCGUGCGAGGAAGGGGACGAGGGGGGGCAAGGCGGUGACAGCCACGGCGAGCGCCAAGCGGGGGCGAGCGGCCAAGGUCGAGGAGGACGAGGGCGAGGCCGACGAGGGGCACGAGGAGGAGCAGGUCAAGGCCGGCGCAGACGACGAGGCGCCGACGCCGCCGGCGCGAGCGAGCAAGCGGCGGCGGGUCACGCGAGCGAGUGCGGCGGCCGACACGGCGCGGGACGUCAAGCAGGAGUGA